UCUGUCUCUUUUUUUAUUUCAGGGUAUGCUAUGACUGGUUUCAGAUUGCCUGUCACUGCCUUUAAAAAACUAAAUGUUUGUCUUGGAGCCUGGGAGAAAUUCCCCUCUUAUAAACUGUGCUUGUCCUGGAGGAGAUGUGUAUACUCUAGCCACCAAUCCAAUAUAAUAAACUACAGAAAACACUUCGGCAUUUUUCCUGUGAAAUAUGAUGUAUUUUUAAGACCACAUUCACAAUGUAUUUCAGUGCUUUGUGUACGACUUAAAAGUGACAAAAGGUCUAGAAAGAAAAAACAAACCCUUCAAGAAGAAGAAGAGGAGGAGGAGGAGGAUGAAGAAGAUGAAGAGAGAAGUAAUUCGGAGGAUGAUGAAUUUGAAAAUGAUCCCAGUAUAGUGAAAGAUUACAAGGAUCUUGACAAAGUAGUCCAGUCUUUUCGUUAUGAUGUAAUAAUGAAAGCUGGUCUUGAUAUUGCGAGAAACAAAGUGGAAGAUGCAUUCUAUAAUGGUGAACUCAGGCUGAAUGGAGAAAAACUGUGGAAGAAAAGCAGAACUGUGAAAGUUGGUGACACACUGGAUCUCAUAGUAGGGGAGGAUAAAGAAACAGAAACUGCUGUAGUUAUGCGAGUUGUCUUUAAAAAAGCCUCAGAAAAGACUGAAAGUGAAAAGUAUAAAGUGGUCUUGCGGCGCUGGAAAAACUUAAAAGUGCCCAAGCAGGAUGUAUUUAAGUGACAAGAUUUGUGUAUGGCAGCAUGAGUCUUCUUGUGGAAAACCCUUUAAUUGGUUGCUAAAUCUCAAUUUUGGUUAAAAUUCUUGCACCCUUUUUAAGGGUUUGUGAUAGAAUGUUACCUCCUUAUCAUAUGCACCACUUCAUAUCUUGUGAUAAAUCUGUCCAUUUACUCUG